UUGCCCCUUGCUCAGCCCUGCGGCUUCGGACCGUGGCAGACGGCGUACGCCACCUGCCGUCGCGGACGACUAGCUGCGUAUAAGCUCCUUUUCAACUUCUAUCACACUAAUUCCUCCUCCCCCCCCCCCCCAACUCCAUCUGCCGGUGGAGGGCUCAAGUCGUCGGCCAGCCAUUGCCCAGCUUGUGAAGCUCCCUCAACCAGAGGCUCGACGCACAAGUCAUGGCGCACAAUGGCACAUGGGAUGGCUUCCAGCCCCCUUGUUGCCUGACGGGACACGAGCACCUUACUUGAUUGAGAACGGCCGUUGUUACACCGACUUUAAGCCGUUUCAAUACUUGUUUCCUUGCGACUCGGACGAGCUCAACCGACUUGACAUUUUCCACAAGCUCAUCACCCUUGCGAGGAACGGAACCACACCAUUCGCAGGUCUCCAUAAGCACCCAUUGCCCCCAGAUCCAAAAAUCAUUGACCUGGGUUGUGGCUCCGGCAUCUGGGCAGUAGACAUGGCUGACCGCUAUGGGCCUAAUUCUGAGGUUGUCGGCUUGGAUCUAAGCAUGCACCAGCCAAAGAUGAUACCUCCAUGGGUCUCAUUUCUGCGACUCGAUUUUGAGGAGGACAAAGCCUGGCAGCACUUCCGACGCGGGUCUCAGGACUUGAUACGGGGUCAGAUGCUCUUGGGCAGCGUCAGCGAUUGGCCAGCCUUGUACUUGAAGGUUCUGCAGCACCUCAAGCCAGAAACUGGCAUCUUCGAGCAAAUCGAAAUUGACUUCAUGCCGCUUUUGGAAGAAGGGGAGCUUCCGCCCGACUCCAAGCUUGGGAUCUGGGCCCGUGGUCUCCGCGGUGCAAUGAUAAAUCAUGGACGACCCAUCGAGAUGGACCCAGCUUCCAAGGCAAUGAUGGAAUCAGUGGGGUUCGCCGACGUCCACCACGAGUGCAUACGGAUCCCGUACAACACGUGGCCUUCAGACAAGGAUGAGAAGUUGUUGGGCAGAUGGUUCAACCUGGGGAUGAAUCAGGGCAUUGCCGGACUGACCCUCGCGCCUUUCACAAGAUACAAUGGCUAUUCGUAUGACGAUGUCAUGCGUCUCAUUGCCGACGUGAAGCGGGAGAUGUGCGACCGUCAAAUUCGGACAUUUUGUCACUUGCAUAUCUACACGGCACGAAGACCCCGAGCAUCGGUGUAGCAGGUUCGACAUCGGGACUAAUUGCUUCAAUCGCUGUUGCGGCCAAGCUCGCUACGGAAGAUGCAGCCAAGCUGUACUUCAUAUUCCAGCCACCCAUGGCUCGGACCUGGCCCCAGAGCGCGCUCGUGCUU